AUGGCUAGAUCAGGACAAGAAUCAGCGUGGACUGACUCCGUCGUGUCAACUCGUAGACCAUCAGAGGAGUGGCAGGCAUUGGGACGAAACCCUGACCUACCCGAUCGUCUGAGUAUGAGAGUUGAUACCAAACAUGGCGGCCUUGAUCCUGCUAGAAGCAUCUACAACAAGUCGAUCACUCCAGCCGUGGAGAAAGGCGUGCACCCAUUCCGCGACAACGAUGAAGAGGAGGAAGAAGAAGAUCUCAAGAAGCAUCACGAUAUGUUCGACCCGAACCGACCCAAGAUGGCUUUGAAAGACCGCCUUCACCAUUUCACAUGGGCUUGGUACACCUUCCCAAUGAGUACGGGUGGUUUGUCUCUCCUCAUCUUUGCCCAACCCCAUCAGUUCCCCGGACUGUUUGAGAUCGGUAUGACUGUGUACAUCAUCAACAUCAUCCUCUUUACCGCCAUUUGCUCGACUAUGCUGCUGCGCUUCUUCUUCAACCCCGGCGACAUGUCAAAGUCAAUCACCCACGAACGCGAAGGCUUCUUCUUCCCUACCUUCUUCCUCUCGAUCGCGACUCUUAUAACAAGCACCGAGCGGUACGCCAUCCCAGACAACGAUACGACGCUGGCGUGGGCUAUCCAGGUUGCAUUUUGGGGAUAUGUUAUCUUGACGCUUCUUCUUGCUGUCGGCCAGUAUAGCUUCGUUUUUGCUAAGCAUAACUUUGGUCUGCAAACUAUGAUGCCGACUUGGAUUCUUCCUAUUUUCCCCAUCAUGUUGUCUGGAACCAUUGCUUCUGUUAUUGCUGAUACCCAGCCCGAUAUCGCUGCCAUUCCUAUCAUCGUGGCUGGUCUGACGUGCCAGGGUCUUGGUCUAUCCGUUGCCAUCCUGAUGUACUCCCACAUGGUCGGCCGUUUGAUGUCCGCCGGGCUACCAAACCGUGAACACCGCCCUGGACUUUUCAUGAAUGUCGGUCCUCCCUCCUUCACAGCUCUUGCUCUCAUCGGCAUGGCUAAUGGGCUGCCGAACCAUAUUGAUCCGGACAUGGAUGGAAUUACCAUCGAUGCUGGUAUUAUCCGUACAAUGGCUCUUAUCUCUGGCAUCAGCCUAUGGGCCCUCGCCGCUUGGUGGUGGGGUAUUGCGAUCGUCGCUGUUCUCCAGUCACCACCUGUGUAUUUCCAUUUGGGUUGGUGGGCGAUGGUGUUUCCCAACACCGGCUGGAUCCUGGCUACUAUCACUAUUGGUAAUGCCAUGGAGAGUGAGCCCGUUAAGUGGAUGGGCACAGGUAUGAGUAUCGUGUUGAUUAUCACCUACUUCUAUGUCCUCUACAACCACAUCCGGGCAGUGAUCAAACAGGAUAUCAUGUACACUGGAAGGGACGAGGAUUUUAAUGACCAUUGA